CAAUUAUUGAAUCGCUCAAGCGAAGCAAGUCAAAGUUCUUGUCCGUCUCUUUCUUUCCAUUUUCCCUCCCCUUCCUCAUCCCUCCAUCCUACCACCUUCAAUUCCUUCUUCUUCUUCCUCUUUUUUUUUUUACAACUCCCUCUCCACCGAUCAUAACCAGUUUUCUUUCUCUUCCAUUUCCUUUCUUUUCCUUUCCCGAAGCCAUUGACGUUCACAUCGACAUAUCUACUGUUACAAUUUUUGAGCUUCAACUCACAAAUUCUCUCUCUCACCUCUCUGUGUAUCGCCAUGUAUAUGUUAGUUGAUUGUUCAAACUGCCAUACUCCGUUGCAGCUUCCCCCAGGAGCCAAGUCAAUCCGCUGUGCUAUCUGCCACGCCAUCACUCUAAUUGCUGAUCCUCGCUCCGUUCCACCACCUCCACCUUAUUCUUCUUCUUCUUCUGGUUACCACAAUUACCAGCCCCCACCUCCUCAUCUGCCAGCGGUUGCUCCGUCUCCGUACAACCACGCGCCACCUGGGCCGCCACCUUCACCGCAUGGUAACAAGCGUGCUCUGAUUUGCGGAGUCUCUUAUAAGAACACCAGGAAUGAACUCAAGGGAUGUCUUAAUGACGCCAAAUGUAUGAAAUACUUGUUGAUUAACAGGUUCAAAUUCCCGGAAUCUUCCAUUCUUAUGCUCAAUGAAGAAGAAACUGAUCCUUAUAGGCGGCCAACCAAGCACAACUUGAGAAUGGCAUUGUACUGGCUUGUCCAGGGUUGCAAGCCUGGAGAUUCCUUGGUGUUUCACUUUUCUGGUCAUGGUUCACAGCAGAGGAAUUACUCGGGAGAUGAGGUGGAUGGAUAUGAUGAAACACUUUGUCCAACUGAUUUUGAAACACAGGGAAUGAUUAUUGAUGAUGAGAUCAAUGCCACAAUUGUUAGACCUCUUCCUCGUGGGGCUAAGCUUCACGCCAUAAUUGAUGCUUGCCAUAGUGGCACUGUGUUGGAUUUACCAUUUCUUUGCAGAAUGGACCGGAGUGGGAGAUACGUUUGGGAGGACCAUCGCCCUCGAUCUGGAAUAUGGAAAGGAACAAGUGGUGGAGAGGCUAUCUCUUUUAGUGGCUGUGACGAUGAUCAAACCUCUGCUGACACCUCGGCUCUCUCAAAAAUUACUUCAACUGGUGCGAUGACUUAUUCUUUCAUCCAAGCCAUUGAGCGUGGACAUGGAACUACAUACGGGGACAUGUUAAACGCAAUGCGCUCAACCAUUCGAAAUACGGACAAUGGGCCUGAUGGUGGCAUUGUGACAUCUCUUCUCACAAUGCUCCUAACAGGCGGAAGUCUCACCGGUGGGCUUAGACAGGAACCACAGUUGACUGCCAACGAACCAUUCGAUGUGUAUUCAAAACCUUUUUCCUUGUAACAAGCAGAGAUACUGUUGUAUUUUCUAGCUUUCUAUCUGAUUGAGGUUGUUCCCAUGUACAGUUAUUGAGUAAAAAAUAAUUUCCAUCAUUUACCUUUUUUUCUUUUCAUUUUUUUUCCGUUUUAUCUGAAAAUGCAGAUUUUUUGGAAGAUCCAAAACCAGGCAUCUGAUUGCUAGCAAAUUAUUUAUUUUGAAAGCUUGGUUUUGGUCUUAUUUUUCUAUGGUGAUUAUCAAUUUAUAUGAUAUCAACGCUAGUUUCAUAA